AUGUGGUCAUCUUCCGGGAGCGGCAAGAAGCCCGCGAAUGCAGAGAUGGUCCAAGUUGAUCGAUCAGACUCCUCAUCACCAUUCUGGCGACCACAACUCGAACGAAAUACUUCUAGACGAAGUGUGACGGCUCCGGCGUCUCGCGACCCCAAUACUGUUAUUGGAGCGGCGUAUUCGCAUGCCGACAUAGUGAAGUUUGAUGCCCUCAAUACCUCCAACUCCUCCUCUCGACCUAAGACGCCCCCCUCGGCUUCAGCGUCAAAGACACGCCCCGCUGAUGCCUCUCCGUCCCAGAAGAACAAUGCUGGUCGCAAAUCGCCACCCUUCAAGAGCUACAUCAACUUCCUCUCCAACACAAACGACGACUGGAAUGCCGAAGAAGAUGAGAUGGGAUAUGACGAUGAUGAUGGCGAUGACUUUGGUUUACCCAGUCUUUCCAAUAUGAAACGAAGAAGUCGGAAGAUGGCAGCUCAACAACAAAGCAGCAUCGCCCCGCCACCGAGCUCCUUUAGCAAUUCAUCUGGAAGCUAUGGACGACAUCCGUCCGACAGUGCAGAUAUUGCUGUUGAAAGACCUGCGUCUUCGUAUCCAAUGCCACGGAAGAGUGAGGGAAAGAUUCUCAGGCCGCAAUAUAAAGACAUCCUCAAAGAUCCUGCCAACGCAUUACAUCUAAUUAACUACCCAUCUGUCCCUAAUAAUUCCACGCCAAAGGAAGCGGAUAUAAUCAACUCUCGCAUCACCCGAAUAAACAAGUUCAAAAGACUGCUUCAGGCAACUUCGCUGUCGUUACCUGACCUUAGGGCGCUCGCCUGGUCAGGAGUGCCCGAAGAAGUGCGCGCUAUGACAUGGCAGCUUUUACUAAGCUACCUGCCAACAAACAGCGAACGCCGAGUCGCAACGCUUGAACGGAAACGCAAGGAGUACCUAGACGGAGUGAAGCAGGCCUUUGAGCGAGUCGGAGCAAAUAGCACGCCGGGGAAAUCGCGUGGUCUGGACGAGACCAUCUGGCACCAAAUCAGCAUCGAUGUACCCCGUACGAACCCACAUAUCGAGCUGUAUAGUUAUGAGGCGACACAGCGUUCUCUGGAGCGAAUACUCUACGUCUGGGCCGUGCGGCACCCUGCGAGUGGAUAUGUUCAAGGAAUCAACGACCUGGUCACGCCGUUCUGGCAAACCUUUCUGGGACUUUAUAUCGCCGAUCCAAAUGUUGACUCUGGCAUGGACCCCGGACAACUACCAAGGCCGGUACUGGACGCUGUGGAGGCGGACUCGUACUGGUGUUUGGCAAAGCUCUUGGAUGGUAUCCAGGACCACUAUAUCGUCGCACAGCCAGGCAUUCAGCGUCAAGUGACUGCUCUGCGUGACCUCACCGCAAGAAUCGACUCUACACUGUCCAGACAUUUCGAAAGAGAAGGCGUGGAGUUUAUCCAGUUUAGCUUUAGAUGGAUGAACUGUCUCUUGAUGCGAGAAAUCAGUGUCAAGAACACAAUUCGCAUGUGGGAUACCUAUUUAGCGGAAGAACAGGGCUUCUCCGAAUUCCACCUAUAUGUCUGUGCUGCACUUUUGGUCAAGUGGUCUGACAAGCUAGUCAAGAUGGACUUUCAGGAGAUUAUGAUGUUCCUUCAGAGUUUGCCAACUAAGAACUGGACAGAAAAGGACAUUGAGCUGCUCCUCAGCGAAGCCUACAUUUGGCAGAGCCUCUACAAGGGGUCGGCGGCACACCUGAAGGGCGGGCCGACGAAGCCAUUACUGUCGGACCUGCAACUUUAG